AUGUCUAGUAGAGAAAAACAUCGUGUAGUUGUAAUAGGUGGUGGAUGGUCUGGUCUUUAUGCAUUAAAAUAUUUAUUAGGUGAAGGUCUUGAUGCUCAUUUAUAUGAAGGUCGAUCACAUAUUGGAGGUAUUUGGCAUUUUGAUGAAAAUGAAAAUGUUGGUGGAGUUUAUAAAACAACUCAUGUUACAUCAUCAAAAACAUUUUUACAUGCUUCUGAUUUUCCAUUUCCAAAUUCAAUCGGUGAAUUUCCUUCUCAUGAAGAAGUAUUUGAUUAUCUUAAUUCCUAUGCUAAUCAUUUUAAACUUUGGCCAAAUAUUCAUCUUAAUUCAAAAAUUAUACAUGUUGAACCACAAUGGAUAAUUACAUUAGAAGAUGGAGUAAAAACUAUUGAAUGUGAUUAUCUUGUUGUCUGUUCAGGACAACAUCAACAUGCAAAUGAUCCACGUUAUAUUCCUCCAUUUGAUAAAUUUACUGGAACAUUUUCACAUAGUAUAACAUAUAAAAGUCCUUAUCAUGAACAAUUUAUUGAUAAAAGAAUUCUUGUUGUUGGAGGUGGUGAAACAGGAAGUGAUUUAGCUGUUGAAUUAAGUGCAACAAUUGCUAAACGUGUUUAUAUGAGUAUUCGUGAAGGUCAAUGGUUUCAAGCACGUGUAUUAGGUCAACAACCAGCUGAUAUAAUGUAUACAAUGUUAAUGAGAUUAUUUGGUUAUUAUGAUAAUAUAUUAGUUCUUUGUUGGAAACGAAUAUUUUUUGUACCAAUGUGGGGAAGUGGUGGAACAGGUGUUCCUGAAUGGGUUCCAAAAGUUCGAUUUUUACAUGGUUUUAUAAAUAAAAGUCGAGAAGUUGUUGAUUUUAUCGCACUUAAUCGUGUUAUUCCAAAACGAGGAAUUACUAAUAUUGAUAGACAAUUAAUCACAUUUGACAAAGAUGAAACUCCUGUUGAAAUUGAUCAUAUACUUUUAUGUACUGGUUACAAAUGGAAACAUCCAUUUUUUUCUCAUACUGAUAUACAUGAUUUAUAUAAACUUGUUUUUGCAUCGAAUUCUAAUGGAACAGUUGCAUUUGUUGGUACAGCAAGACCAGUAUUUGGUUCUAUACCAGCAUUAGCAGAAUUACAAGCACGUUGGGUAGCAGCAGUAUUUUCUGGUCGAUGUCAUUUACCAUCAGAAAAAGUAAUGACUAAACGUCGUCAAGAAUAUUGGAAGAGACAUACUCGUCUUUAUCCACAUGAUGAUAUUCGUCUUAAACAAUUAGUUAAUCUUUUUGAAUAUACUGAUGUCAUCGGUGAUGAAUUAGGUGUACGCCUUAAUCUAUUUUAUUUAUUUUUUCGACAUCCAAUAGCCUGGUAUCAUGUUUAUUGUGCUUCUCCGUGGUCACCAUUUCUAUUUCGUAUCGGUCGUUUAUCAUCAGAUGAAGAAAAACUAGCUUAUAAACGUCAUUUAGCAUGUAUACCAGAAAAAAAUCAAACUUUUCAUCGAUACAAUGAUGUUAUGAUUUGGGCAUGGGUGAUUGUAUUAAUUUGUUUAUUUACUUCAUUUAUUUUAAUUGUAGCUAUUCCUCUUAUUUUAUAUUUAAGUGGAAUAUUCAAAUAA